AUGGACAAUACUAGAGAAACUAAGUUUCUUUUGUUUGAUAGCAUUGCUACUGAAAUCAUUGGAGAAUUUGCACCUUCUAUUCUUAGGGGGUCAUUGGAUGAGAUUUCGGAUCCUGAAGCUUUGCCAGAACCAAUCAAAAACUUGGUUGGCAAGACAUUUGUCUUCUUAGUAUGUGUGGAGCAAGAGAACAUUUGGGAAGGAAAGGAUUCCUAUAGGGUUACAAAGUUGCUCUCUAAGGAUGGACUACUAGAAGAAGAAAACAUUGAAAAAUCAGCUGACAUUGUUAACCCUGCUUCCAUUAUCUCUGGUGACCAGGUUCCACUUGCAUUGACUUAUAGUCAAGAAACUAAUGAGUCCAGUACACCAUCAUCAAAGUGUGUUUAUGCUCCUAAUGUUGAGGGAGAAGAUCAAGCAUCUUCUUCGAAGAAGGUCUGUGUUAAACCUGGGGAGAAUUCUGCUGAAGGAUUUGGUGUGAACGCGGCUACACUAACAUUUGAAGACAACAAGUGA